CGUGACUCUGGAUGGAUCCAUACCAAGGCUAGUGGCAGGCUAAUCGUUGGUCCCGGCUUCCGAUCUAUGUAGCCAGUUCCAGGCUGGAACUUCCAGCCUUGCGCGUCGGAGCUGCCUUGAGCUUUGGUCAAGCAAUCAACGGAGCUGCUCCUGCCAUCAUCAACCAAACUUCCUCAAUUACGUACCUGGAUAAUUCCUUAAACCAACGACCGAACCUUAACUUACGACUAUUAUUCCGAACAAUUAGUCUCUUCCGCCAACUUCCCCCAAAACAACUUCAACAUUUGCAAUAUGGAGUUCGGCAACAGAGGCGUUUUGAGCGAAGAUGGAAUCCAUGUGGAUAUGGACCGAUUAAAGAAGGGCGAGGUCAAUCUCGGUACCUCGAUCAUGGCCGUAACUUUCAAGGAUGGAGUCAUUCUUGGUGCCGAUUCGAGAACUACUACCGGAGCAUACAUCGCGAACCGAGUUACAGACAAGUUGACCCAAGUGCACGAUACCAUCUGGUGUUGCCGGUCAGGCUCCGCCGCCGAUACGCAAGCUGUCGCGGACAUAGUGCAAUACCAGCUGGGCAUGUUUGCCAUGAGGAACGGCAAGCCCCCCACCACCCAGACAGCAGCAGCCAUUUUCCAAGAGAUCUGUUAUUCGAACAAGGACCGGCUGAGCGCAGGUCUCAUUAUCGCGGGAUGGGAUGAGCGACACGGUGGCCAGGUCUAUUCUAUCCCUCUCGGAGGUUCUCUACACAAGCAGUCUUAUGCAAUCGGUGGUUCCGGUUCGACUUACAUCUACGGUUACUGUGAUGCGCACUGGAAGGAAGGUAUGGAGGAGCAGGACGCCGUCAACUUCGUCAAAGGUGCGCUGCAGGAAGCGAUUAAGUGGGAUGGUAGCUCAGGAGGUGUUAUUCGUAUGGUUGUCCUGACGAAGAAAGGGGCGGAUCGACACUUGUAUCUGCCCGACGAGAAGUAUCAGGUGCGACAUUGAUAACACAUGGUAUUGGAGGCGGCGACGUGGGGUAGUAGACCCAAUGGCGCUUCGAGGA